GGCUUUUCGAAACCGGACUUGACAAGGGUCAAUCCAUUCAACGGUCCGCGGACACGUUACUGAACCGAAUAUGGGCAUACUUGGUUCAUGAUCUCUGAAAAUUUGAAUGCUCUUACGACCUGGUCAUCGAAACGAAAUUAUUGACGGUCUCCACCUUACUUGAUAUCUUGCUUUGAGUUACUCAUUCGUUACUUGCUUGCUGUAUGCCCGCCCAGCCGAGGGCUCUUAUGACUAUUCAUGCCGACGCCGGUUUGGCGCUACGACCUAGACGACUUCAAGAUGGUCAAAGCCAAGGGUGGUCCACAACCGCCUCUGGAACAUUCACUCCUUCUGAUGAACUAUCACUCAUGUCAAAUUUGCUGUCUGUAACACCAAACCCAGGCGGUUCAAUGUUGUCUUCAAGCCCAUACCCCGUGAUGUAUACCCCCACUGUAACCCCAUCAACCUCAACACUUGUGUCAUAUUCAACUGCAAUUGUUUCGGGAUCCGACUCUUCAUCCCAUGUCUUUUCGUAUCGAAGUACUGCGCAGAUCCAGCCUGUGUGCAUCGGAGAUGGCUUAGAUGCAGCUUCGGACGGAGUAAUCGCGACUGUGGUGCUUCCAACGUGUGUCGGUCUUGCCAUUUGGCUGCUGUUUGCUGUACUACGUCCGCGUUACCGACAAAUAUAUGCUCUUCGAGAGUGGUUCGUGCAACAAGAGUUGCGACCGCAUCGGUUAAGCUCGAAUCUUGGCGCCUUCCUCUUUCCCUCUGUACCUCUUGUUCCACCUACACCUUCAGACGUCUCCGACGCUGGACGGUCAGCUCCGGUGGACGCUCGUCUUUUUCCAUCCGACGAGGAAUUGAGCCAACGCACUCUGUGGACAUGUCUCAUCAUCGUGCUUGGCUGGAGUUUGGUGGGCCUUGGUGGCGCCUUGCCGAUAUACCUCGUGUCUACGCCAUGCCUUGCGCACUCGGCAAGUGACCCUGAUUUCACCGGAGUCUACUCCACAAUUCAAGACCUCAGCUUGCUACGUCUUCUGCAGCUUCUAGAAAACGACUCAGUGCUAGAUGUAGUUCUCAGCGGUGACCAGGCUUCAAAAACUCGACUGCGCAUCAUUAUUCUUGCCGUUUUGGCGGUAUUCGCGGCCACGCUGCCAGCACUAUAUAAAAUACUGAAAGAAAUCAACAACUUCGUUGCAUUCCGUAGACGUUGGUUAGAAGUGCGAUGCGAAGGGAAGGAAAUGGGUUGGCUGAGCUCAAGAAAAGCCUCCGGUUUUGCAGGAUGGGGAGAGAAGCGCGUCAAGGAUUAUCUUGUCAAAAUUGGACUCAGUUCUUCCUUAGGAGGCUCUUCUCGUUCCAACAACCGACCACCACACCUUUCACGCCGAACUCAGUCCUACUGUCAGAAUCCGGAUUCAGGAUUCGAGGUCGACGUCCAAAGUCUGUUCACUGUAUGCGACACUCACAAUUUGGGACUUCUCAUUCACGACCGAGAUGAAAUUCUGGACAACCUUGAAGUUGCAGAAACAAGAUACAUAUCAUCUUUCAAGAUUUCAACGCCCGACCCCUCCAUUGCUGAUCUUGAAGUUCUCGCUUCCUAUGAAUCUGAAGAAAUACCACCCAGGCCUCACAUAGGCAGGCCUCGUGCUUUGGUCGGAUCGAGAAACCGUCCACGGCAUCGGAGACACAACCCGGCGCAGGCUAACUCGUCUUUCGCUCCUACCUCGUUCGUGGCCCCAUCACAGUAUUACAAAUUGCGUGGGCUGAAAAGCGUUGAUGGCGGGAGAUUCAGCACGCCGAUCAGUCUGACGGAUUCAUUCAAACAACGGAUUGUGGGCAGUCGCUUCCAGGAGGUGGACAGAGAUUCGGCAUCCUUCAAUGUCAUGCCGUCAGGGAGCCGUGUAAAGUCGGAAGAAAUUGGAGAGCCGUCAAUAUCAAUUCCUGACCCAAAUUACUACAGGCCAAAUCAUGGCGGAGGAUCAUCUGAAAGUGGUGGUGGAACUGGGACAGGCACAGAAUAUUUGACUGUGGAGUCGUCAUUGAGCGCUCGGAGAUCUCUUGAUGAUGACUGGGUCGUCCUUGCACGCGGGAUUGAUUUUGGAGAUUCGUUAGGCGAGGGACCUCGUGCUGGCCCAGCACCCAAACCACAGGAAGAGUUUGCGCCCCGAAGGCAACGUCAGAGACCUCUUGAUACGUCAUCGACCGACCGCCGAGAGACUUUUCCACUUAGAAUUCGACCGAAAGACAACAUUCCCGCUGAGGAUGUUCCGCCACCUCAUCUACGCCUGCAGCCGCGACAACCGUUCGUUCGACCUGCUUCUGAUCUUAACUACGAUAACCUUGGUGCUGUCUAUGCGGAAAUAAACCAUUGGCGUUCCCGGCUGAAGCUCAUCAAUGUGCAGAUUGCCGAAGCUCAGCAAGAUUCCUAUGCAGAUAUUGCCGAUGGCGCCCCGGUCAAGGGUUGGAUCAUCAUCGGGCGUGGUUUGCGCCACAUGCAUGGUGUGGAGCUCAUAGAGGGUAGGGCAAAGGAGGACGUGCGUUGGGGCACGCUGCAGAACGAAACGACGCUGUUGGAUUCUAUAGCCUUUUGGCUGGUUGUGGUAGUGGCCAACAUACUCCUUGCCGCUGGCCUGACAGGUGUUGCGGGACUCGCCCUCGGCGCCGCUUCUAAUGUGGAGCAUUAUCUACCUUUCUUUCGCCCCCUUUCAGAGCAUGGGAACCUUGUCUCAGGAUUGGCAACUUCCAUCGCUCCCGCAAUUGGCGCUACCCUUUUCACUGUGAUUGCACUCGCAAUCGUAAAACGGGCAGCUGCAUGGAGCGGCGUCGUAUCCGUGUCCGGAGUUCGAAUGCUCGCGGUGAAACUUGUGUUUUACACUAUAACAGUUGUGGUUGCUGCAUUUACUAUCACCGCCGGUGCCCUCCUUUUCGCGUUAGAGGCAUUUAGCCUUGAGGUUCACAUUGCCAAAACGGUUGCAACCGGAUGUGUCUAUAUGAGCGCUUUCGCUUUUGUUCUCGUCAUCAACGUUGCUGUCGUAUUCCCUGGUUUAAUGUUGCUACAGCCCUUCCGAUUGUUGAGCGUUCUUCGUUCGGAACGGGACGCCGUCACCCCAAGACAACGUUUCCGAGCUGUAUAUCCGACAACUUACAACGCUUCUUAUGCAGCAAGCGCUUGCGUACUAGCCAUGGUUUUUGCAUCAGCAUUUUCUCUCAUAUUUCCUUUGAUCGGGCCGGCUGUUGUGAUUCUUCUGUAUUUGACUCUUGUUGCUCAUAGAUACCUCAUUGGAUAUGUUUACGCCCGAACUCUUUCGGAGACUGGAGGGCUUCUCCAGAUCUGGUUGCUGAAGCGAUUGGGGACACUUCUCGCGCUACAGCCUCUACUCCUCGGCUUGAUUUUGCUCAGUCGGCGGCUCUGGAUAGAAGGAGGAAUACUUUCGGGCGUGGCUCUUGUUGUGGCAGGGAUAGUGGAGGUGUACACCACACACACGACGAGGCUUGCAAGCUUCCAAACGUUACCUGAGAACACCCAAGAGUCUCUUGAAAUAUUUCGCAGGGCGUUGGAAUCCGAUAAUCGCACUGAUACCGAUGACGAGAAUCACAGCAUGAUCACCACCAGAGGGAACCGCAUGAGGGGCUCGAUGGCUUCCGUCCUCGAAAUGAUGUCUCUCACAUUAGCGGUCAUGCCAUCAGCUUCAAGUCAACGUGGUCCGCUGCCACUUCGAACGGAAACACUGGAUGAUCUAACCGCUACAGAACGAGCUGCUAGAACACAUCCUGAUGCUCCUCCUCACCUUCCUCCGUUAUCCUUUGGGGACCAUGCCGAAGAGCUGUCUGCUAUCAUGUAUGCGCCCGAGCUGCUUGCCCCUGCACCGAUCAUCUGGCUCCCGAACGAUACAGCGGGGGUAGCCAAAACGGAGGCAAUUGACUUACGGAAAUAUCAUGAUAUCCAAGUCACCCUUGAUGUUCAUGCCAAGGAUGUCAUUCUGCCUAAACGGAGUACAUCCACGCGUACACACGCGUGAAGCGUUGCUCGUGCAUUUUUUUGGUUGACACCUGUUUCACCAUCCCCGGGCCUUCUUAUGUGACGUUGGUGGACUCAUGUUACUCUAUAGAUCGUACUUAUUCCACUACCAUAUAUCGAGCUUCAAAGGCGACUUCCCUGAACCUUAUUCACCAGACUUGUGAUAGGAGGGUGCUUCAACUUUUCGGCGCUCACCGGUGCUCACUGCCUGCACAUGCACGUUUCUAGGGCUUCUUUCAAUAUUAUUAUUUUCCAUUUUUUGAGCCGAUGACGUUUGUUGGACCCUGAAUCAACCUUCAAUUUCCG